AUCCUAACCUCAAAGUUAUCGUGAACUCAAAUCUACAGUCGGAAAAACACCGCUAUUUUUUGUAUUUUCCCGUCAAUUAUAUUUUUUCCCUGCCUGAAUCUGCCAUCAAUUCCGCCAGACUAGUUAGCAAAAGUGAUGUAAUAAGGGAAAGUAGUUCAGAUGUUCGCAAAAUGAGUGACAGCAUAAGUGCCAGUUCGGUUGUGGAAGUAUCUAGAAGCACUGUUGAUAAUUCCCCUCGUGAUUCUGAUCCUAACUCAGUAACUGAUUCUUUGAAUAAUAAAGAAGAAGGUCAAGGUACUGAUCUUGUCAAGGAGGCCCCUGUAAGUACUGUCGGCACUCUGUCAUCUGAAACCGUACCUGACUCGUCCACCACUGGAAGCGAAACAAACAGUCAUCCAAGUCUUGAUCCUGCAAACUUACAUUAUGAAGGAGACAUCUGUAUCUACACAGAUCCUGCCACCAAGUACCAAUAUGCGUGGAACAGCGAAAAGUACGAGUGGAUUCCAAAGGACGCUGUCUUUUCCAAUGUUACUAUUCCGGGUCCAACCACUGUAAAUAAGCAGAAGAGAGCUAGGAGGGACGAUGAAGAGGAAUUUGAUGAUGAUGAUGAUGAUGAUGAUGAAGAUAAUAAUAAACCAAAAGGGAAAAUCAUCAACACCCUAGACAUGUCUAAAGGUUCCUAUGGUUUUGAAAAUGGCGUCCAUACUUACAAGGAUCCUUCUGAUGGAGCUGUCUACUUUUGGGAUGAAGAAAAGAAAGCUUGGUUUCCGAAGGUUGAUGAUGAUUUUUUGGCUCAUUACCAAAUGAGUUAUGGUUUUAUAGACAAUACAAGCUCUAAAGAAUCGGAUAAAACCAAAGAUGAAUCCGACGCCAAAAAUUCAAAAGGGAAAAAAAGAGAAAGUGAGUCAGGUGCAGAUGGAGAAACUGCCCCCAAAAAGAAAGCACCCCAGGAACCAACUUGGUUUCAGCUUGAUGAUGAGAAUAAUACUAAAGUGUAUGUGAGUAACUUACCUUGUGAUAUCACGGAGAAUGAGUUUGUGGAUUUAAUGCAAAAGUGUGGACUAGUGAUGAAAGAUUUAGAAACUAACAAAAUGAAGAUCAAAUUAUAUUCAGAUCCCAAAACAGGAUUCUUGAAAGGAGAUGCUCUUUGCACUUAUAUCAAGAAAGAAUCCGUUGAAUUAGCAUUAAAAGUUUUAGAUGGUAGUGAUGUCCGAGGGAAGAAAAUCAGUGUAGAGAGAGCCAAGUUCACAAUGAAAGGAGACUCGUAUGAUCCUUCUCUGAAGCCGAAGAAGAAAAGGAAGAAAGACAAAGAGAAACUUAAGAAGAUGCAUGAAAAGCUGUUUGCCUGGCAACCAGACAAGCUGCGUGGACAGAGGGCGAAACACGAACAAAUUGUGAUCAUCAAGAAUUUAUUCGAUCCGAAAAUUUUUGAUGAGAGUCCCGCUCUAAUUCUCGAAUACAAGGAAGAUCUCCGCGAAGAAGUAGCAAAGUGUGGAGCUAUUAAGAAAGUCAUCAUUUAUGAUAGACAUCCUGAAGGUGUAGCCCAAAUAAAUUUUAAGGAAGCUGAAGCCGCAGACGCCUGUAUCCAGUUGAUCAACGGUCGAUGGUUCGGUCAACGGAAAAUCAUCGCUGAACAAUGGGAUGGAAAAACCAAGUACAGAAUCGAAGAGUCCGAGCAAGAGGCGAAGGAAAGACUGAAGAAGUGGGAUCAAUUUUUGGAAUCUGCCGACGCGGGCGAGAAAAGCGAGACCCCCGGUGAAAAAACUCACGGGGCUCCCGAGGCUGAAACUGCGGACGCAGGGGCUGAAACCGCGGACGCAGAAGCUGAAACCACGGACGCAGAUGCGGUGGAGUCGGAUUCGAACACUCGGAGCAGCGCUGGCAGCGGGGAUGAGACCGAAGAAGAAGAAGAAAACACUAAAAAAAUGAUCGAGAAAGAAGCGGAAGGGAAAUCGGUAGCGGGAAGCGGCGAUGCAUGACUCCGCUCGCCGAGUGCACCGGAUGCACUUUUCGUCCAUCCCUGGCGCGUUUCUUCGACGUAAAAACGUAACUGAAAUCCAAGGUUGCAAAACUUACUUUUAAUUAUUCUAUUUUUUCAUGAGAUGGACUGCGUUAAACAGAAAGGAACCAAGCCACAUCAGCUAUCGCCAAAUUUAACUGGGCAAUUUGAUUUUUU